CCAACCCAAGCCAAACAUAUCCCCAGAGCCGCCAUGAAAGUUCGGUCAGUGAAGCUCAGGGAGGCCCACAAGGUGACCGCAAAUAAUGGCCGCGGCUCAUUCUGCUCCGUCCUGUGGGACCAGCAAGCCCUUCACCUCGUCACAGCCUCCUCUUCCGAUCCCUCCAUCUCCAUCCACGACCCUCUUCUUCCCUCAACUGCUCCCAAGAUCCUCCGCCACCACCGUGAUGGCGUCACCGCCCUCGCGAUUAGCCCCAACUCCACCUGCCUCGCUUCUGGAUCCGUGGAUCACUCCGUCAAGCUGUACAAGUUUCCAGGUGGAGAGUUUGAGACUAAUAUCACUAGAUUCACGCUGCCAAUACGGGCCCUUGCAUUUAAUAGAUCAGGGAGUAUGUUGGCAGCCGCGGGAGAUGAUGAAGGGAUUAAGCUAAUCAACACAAUUGACGGUUCAAUCGCCAGGGUUCUUAAAGGACAUAAAGGACCUGUCACUAGCUUAGCUUUUGACCCUAAUAGUGAAUACUUAGCAUCGAUUGAUUCGACUGGGAGUGUCAUUUAUUGGGAGCUCCAUUCUGGAAGAACAUUGCACACUUUAAACGGCAUAGCUCCUGACACUGGUUCAGACCUUUCUGUCAUGAAUGUAGUUAGCUGGAGUCCCGAUGGGGAGACCUUGGCUGUCCCAGGUUUGAGAAAUGAUCUGGUGAUGUACGAUAGAGAUACGGCUGAAAAGCUGUUUUCAUUGAGAGGCGAUCACACACAACCCAUUUGUUUCUUUUCUUGGUCACCCAAUGGUAAGUACUUGGCCACUUCUGGUCUAGAUAGGCAGGUUCUGAUUUGGGAUGUGGCUCGGAAGCAGGAUAUUGACAGGCAUAAAUUUGAUGAUAAUAUAUGUUGCAUGGCAUGGAAGCCCAUUGGCAACGCACUGGCUAUUAUUGAUGUUAUGGGAAAGUAUGGUGUAUGGGAAUCAGUUGUUCCUUCGUCAAUGAAAUCUCCUACUGACGAUGUUCCAAAUUUGCAAUCAAAGAAUAGUAACGGUCUCCUUUUGUUUGAUGAAGAUGAACAAGAUGUUAAUGUAUCUGGUAGCCUAAGUGAUCUUGGUGAAGAUAGUCAUGGUGAAACUGAAGCUCCUUGCAGGAAAAGGCUACGCAAGCAGUCUGCAUAUGAGGAAAAUUUCAGUGAGGGUGGUAGCGAGGAAUGGAGCUUGCCUCCUAAGGUUGAUUCUCGUAAGAAAAUGAAUUGUAGAAACAAAGAAAGCUUGAAUAGGAACGAGGGGCUAAGAAGCAUAAUGACAUCUGCUAGGAUGAAAAUGCAGGAGGCAUUUCAGCCAGGUGCUACUCCAGCGCAGCCUGGAAAAAGGCGCUUUUUGUGCUAUAAUAUGGCUGGAAGUAUAACCACUAUUGAACAUGAUGGAUACUCCCAUAUAGAGAUAGACUUUCAUGAUACUGGUAAAGGCCCAAGAGUUCCGUCAAUGACAGAUCAUUUUGGCUUUACAGUGGCUGCAUUAAAUGAGAAUGCAAGUGUUUUUGCAAACUCUUGCAAGGGUGAGAAGAACAUGAGUACUCUUAUGUAUCGCCCAUUUAGUACCUGGGCAAAUAACAGUGAGUGGUCUAUGCGAUUAGAAGGGGAAGAAGUGAAGGUCGUUGCACUUGGUACUGCCUGGGUAGCUGCAAUUACAAGUUCUAAUUUUCUUCGCAUCUUUACUGAGGGUGGUUUGCAGAAACAUGUUCUUUCACUUGAUGGGCCAGUGGUAACUGCAGCAGGCUUCAAGGAUGAACUUGCAGUUGUCACUCAUGCUUCUGACUGUCUUCCCUCAAAUGAUCAGAUGUUGGAGUUCAGAGUAUUCAACAUAUCUAAUGGAACCCAGCCUCUCAGGGGACGUCUGCCACUGACUCCUGGUUCACAUCUAACAUGGUUUGGGUUUAGUGAAGAAGGCCUUUUAAGCUCUAAUGAUUCUAAGGGCGUGUUGAGAGUUUUUACUGACCAAUAUGGUGGCAGUUGGCUCCCACUCUUCAGUGCUAGUAAAGAAAAGCCUGACGAAAACUAUUGGGUGGUUGGGUUGAAUGCAAGCAAGCUGUUUUGUAUUGUUUGCAAAUAUCCAGACUUAUUCCCCCCGGUGAUGCCCAAGCCAGUUCUCACUCUACUAAAUCUUUCGUUUCCUCUUGCAUCCUCGGACCUUGGAGCAGAAGCCCUUGAAAAUGAGUUUAUACUGAACAACAUGCAUCUCUUACAGAUUCAAAAGAGAAUGGAAGAAAUGGCUGGUGCUGGUUUGGACACUACUUCACUUGAUGAUGAGGCUUUUAGUAUGGAAGUAGCUCAAGAUAGAUGCAUCUUGAGGCUUAUUGCAUCCUGCUGCAAUGGUGAUAAGCUUGUGAGGGCUACUGAACUUGUGAAACUUUUAACAAUGGAAAAAUCUGUGAAGGGUGCAAUCAAGCUUGUUACUGCACUGAAGCUUCCUAACUUGGCUGAACGGUUCAAUAGUGUAUUGGAGGAAAGGUUGCUUAAUGAAGCUAAACGGACGAAGCAAAAACCUCUCCAAAACUCAGUGGCUCAUGUUGCAGUCAACAAGACCUUAACUUCUGCUGAAAAAAUCAAUACAACGGAAAGUCCCUUGUCAUCACCAAAAUUGACUGCUCCUCUGUUUACCAAGAAGGCCAAAUCACAGGAGGUUGCUAGAGUUGGAAUACAGAAAACGGAACAAAACCAAAUUCCAGUGUUGGAUGACAUUGAAAAGGAAAAGGAGAUAGAGGAUGUAAAGAGCUAUGAGGAGGUAAAGAAGUUUGGGGAAAUGUCUGGAAUACAACCAAAUCGGUCAUCUAAUCCAUUUGUAAAGUCAUCAAACAAGGAGGCGAAUAAAUUAGUGGAAAAUCAAGUACAAUCUCAUCGCCCAUCUAAUCCUUUUCUGAAGUCAUCUAUCAAGUGAAGUCCCUUCAGUUUGAUCCUUCCAAUUUCGUAAUGUGAAGACUGCGGUCUCAAGAAAAGAUAAAGAUCAAUCCAUGUUAUCCGGCGUAACCUGAGCUGAAAUGGUCUAUACACCUGCAGGUUUGUCUUCCAUCCUGUUUCUGGUCUGGCUCACUAUAUAGAGGCACACUACAAUAUGUAGAACUAUGGAUGUCUUGUUCUGUGGUUAUGUAUUUGAGAGAUAAUAGGGGCUUCAUUCUUGUCUUAUGCACUUGGUGCCCUCACAGUUCAUGAUUUCAUUAUAUUGUAUAUCUACUUUGAUGUAAAUGCCAUUCUCUU